AUGGAAGAGAGAGCCCCGGAGCUCCCGCUGAGCUCACUGACAGCCAACACCAAGAGGCUUCCCCUCUAUGCGGAGCACCAGGUUAGACACUGCAGACUGUCCUUGCUCAGUAAGCUGUGCUACGCCGUCGGGGGAGCCCCCAACCAGGUGGCAGGGAGCGCCUCCGCCUUCUUCCUGCAGAUCUACCUCUUAGAUGUAGCCCAGAUCACGCCAUUCGAGGCCUCUCUGGUGCUGUGCAUUGGGAAAACCUGGGGUGGAAUUACAGAUCCCAUUGUUGGAUUUUUAAUCAACAAAAGUCGAUGGACAGGAAUAGGUCGCUUGAUGCCAUGGAUGCUGGGCUGCACUCCGUUCCUGGUCUUAUCCUAUUUCUUCUUGUGGUUUGUCCCUCCCUUUGUGACCGGGAGAGUCUUCUGGUAUUUGCUCUUCUACUGUUGCUUCCAAGCUCUGAGCACGAUUUAUCACCUUCCAUACACAACUCUAACGAUGUUUCUUAGCACAGAGCAGGCAGAGAGGGACUCAGCCACUGCAUAUAGGAUGACAAUGGAGGUGCUGGGGACCUUGAUUGGAGCGGCACUGCAAGGGCAGAUAGUUGCCAGUGCUCACACUGCCCAUCACUGUCAUGUGACUAACGGGACUGUAAACGUCACUGUGAAUGCCACAGACUCUCUGGUAAACACCACUUUCUUGGUUCCAGGGUCACAAGAUUACCAGCUUCACGCCAGAAAUGUCUACAUGAUUGCUGCUGGUGUGAUCGGAUGCGUGUAUUUACUCUGCACAGCUGUCCUCUUUAUAGGAGUCAAGGAGAAAGAUGAUCCAUAUGCAUGGCUUUCCGGGAAGGUUUUGCCAUUUUGUAGCGGUUUCAAACAGUCUAUGCAACACGGGCCAUACUGUUACCUGAUAGUCUCGUUCCUGCUGAUUUCAGCUGCUGUCCAGCUUCAACAGAGCAACUUUGUCUUAUUUUGCACCCACGCUGCAGCCGAACUGCGUGACCACUUCCAGAACCUCGUACUGACCAUUCUGAUCUCCGCUGUGCUGAGCAUUCCGUUCUGGCAGUGGUUCCUGCAAAGAUUCGGCAAGAAGAUUGCAGCGUUUGGGAUUUCGUGGAUGAUCCCGUUUGCGGUCAUGCUGGUGACCAUCCCAAACCUCAUUAUAGCGUAUGUGGUUGCUGUGACAUCGGGAUUCAGCAUCGCUGCCUCUCUGCUCUUACCAUGGUCCAUGCUUCCUGAUGUCGUGGACGAUUUCCGUCUAACAAAUCCUCAUGCGAAGGGACUGGAGGCCAUUUUUUACUCCUCAUUUGUCUUCUUCACAAAGCUGUCUGCUGGGAUCGCGCUAGGAAUUUCCACCAUGAGCCUGGAAUUUGCUGGUUACAGCAGCGCGGCAUGUAAGCAGUCUUACCAGGUGGUGCUGACGCUCCGCGUGCUGAUUGGAGCAGUGCCAGGUGUCCUCAUCAUCAUAGGAUUAAUCAUCCUGAUCUUCUACCCAAUCACAGAAGACACCAGAAAAGAAACAGAGCUUGCACUCGACGUGAUGAGGUUGCGAACUCGUCGCUCAACCCUCAUUGUCAUCUGAAGUGACCACCUUGCUUCAUGGAGACGUAACCACCAUAUACCUCGAUCUUCUCCUGUCAUACGCUGAACGCCACCUGCUGGUCUGGCUACUAACUUACCAAUGGCGUCUGCCUGUGUAGACAUCCUGGUUACCCCACAGCCGCCAGUUUCUGUAGCACAAGAGAGCCGUGUAGAAUAGCCAUUUAACCAAUAAGGUUCCAAGCUGGGAUGUUGCUUUAACCAAUCGUAUUCAAAACUGGGAUGUCGCUUUUAUACAGCUGUGGUGGUAAUUCACUGCAUUUCUAUUUCUGCUUUUCAUGACUGUGUUCUCCUCCCAUGGAUGCAAGAAUUAAUUUAUCAAAGAUACGAAACUGUUACACUUGUAAAAGAAAAUAUAUUUUUAAUUUAAAUUAUGUAUGGAAAGUAUUUUUAAAACAAAUAUAUAUUAAUUAUGAGUGCAUCAUUCAUACAGACGGAUGUUUGUAGAGAUGUGCAGUAAAUAUGGAAAAACCUGUAUAAACCAUGCAGCAAUGAUUAAUUUUUUUUUGUUUUAAGCUCACUGAAGUGGAGGCAGCCAUUUUGUAAGUUGAAAUAGAUCAAGAAAAUGGCAUCUUUCAUUUAUUAGGAACGUUAUGCAAUCCCCUCAUAAUGAUUUGUAAUGGUUAAGUCUUGUGCAGAGUGCGCUAUACUAUUGCGUGGUGUAAAAUAUAAAAAAAUUUAUGUUUAAAGGAAAACCCUAAAAAAACAAGUUUUAAAUCACAGCAACCUGUAACUGCAUAUUAGAUAAAGCAUCUGCUCUAGUCUGGCAUUUAUACAGGGCCGGAAUAACGACCUCAUGGGCCUAG